GAGUCUUACUCUGUCACCCAGGCUGGAAUGCAGUAGCGCCAUCUCGGCUCACUGCAACCUCUGCCUCCCAGGUUCAAGUGAUUGUCCUGCCUCAGCCUCCUGAGUAGCUAGUAGCUGGGAUUACAGGCACAUGCCACCAUGCGGGCUAAUUUUUAUAUUUUCAGUAGAGAUGGGGUUUGACCAUGUUGGCCAGUCUGGUCUCGAACUCCUGACCUUAAGUGAUCCAACCACCUCAGCCUCCCAAAGUGCUGGAAUUACAAGCAUGAGCCACCAUGCCUGGCCAGAACCAUGUUUUUCAAUCCAGUAUAUUUACAGCAUGAUUUCCUCCCUUAAUUUGAAUUUUAUAUUGUAUUCUAUUUAUGUUAAAUUAAAAUAGCAGUUAUUUCUGAAAAAGCUCCAUCAAAAUCAAUACGUUGAUUACCCAUUUUUAAACGUGCCACUGUGGGUUUCUGCUGCUAUGUGACAGGACUGAUAUUUUAAGUGCCUGGUAAAGUGCAACACACCAAGUGGACAUUCAGUUUAAGGCUGUUUUAUGAUGCAUAUCAUUUGUGCUUUUUACGGUUAAAAUCAAAUCUAAAAUGUUGACAACGAUGGUUCAUAUAUCAACUUUACUCCUCCAUUUUAUAGCCCAUCUUUUAUUGAUUUAGAACUCUGUACCUCUUUAUUAUAUUGUAAAUUUUAAAAAUAUGAAAACAUCAGAGAGAAUAAUAAAUCUUUAUGUCCAAACGUAAUAAGGAGGAUGCUGCAUAUACAGAAAUACACAUGAACUUUUCUCUGGGAAGAAUGGCCUAUUACAAACCACCACUCUCUUCUAUUUGCACAUGAAGGUAGAAACCACAGUGGCAUUAAGAGCAUUUUUCCUUAAGACAUGCUCACAUGAUAUCUAGGAGGCCAAUAGUAAGAACGUGAAAACUUAAUUCUCUGCUAGGAAACAAAUACAUCAAAAGAUUUGGUAUUUUUAGUUUUGAUGAAACUAUACUGUUAUUAUCAAUUUAAAAUAGUUUUCUAUUUGGCGAUUUUAUCAUUUGGGCUUUAAUUAAAUUUUGAGAAAAAACACUUUCCUAAAACAAAACUGAGAUUUUAAAAAAUAUAUUUAGAUUUUAAAUAUAAAUAUAAAACAUACACAGAAGCAUGUUGCACCAGGAGUCCAUAUCAGGAGUUACACUCUCUAGAGUGAAUCCUAGAGAUUGUAUACAUAAAAAAGCUACACCCUUAUUCUGUUGGAUGGCUCAUAAAUGUUGAUCUGGUUAUAGCUUUCCACACUAAUUUUCACUAUUUCUCUUAACAAUCAUCCUUUAUAAUCAUUCUUUAUAUCCAAAUAGUAUAUAUCCUUUACUAUUUGCUCUGAUUUUGACAGGGAAAGGUCCUUCAUAAGAAUUUUGUUGUUCCAUCAGAAGAAAGCAUUUUAACGCCUCUAGCUCAUUUUCCCCUCAAAUAUCCCAAAUACAGUAAAGCCACCUAAAUUCCCAAACCCCAUAUCAAAAACAGUACACUGAAAAACUCCAAAGACUUUGACAGCGACAAGACCGCCAUUCAUGUGUUCCUUCAGCAAGUGCCAGACGCUGUUAUGAAAGUGAUAAGACACUGUCCCAAUCCUCACAGUGUGAGACAGUGAGCAGACUCAACAGAAUGCAUAGGAUGAAAGUGCCAGAAAAGCGACGUCCUCAGGGCGGGAGCAGGGGACGCCGCAACGUAGUCUGCGAGAAUGCGGGAAGGCGGCAGUGAAGCGGCCGGUCGGCUGGGCCGCGGCAAAGUGGGGAGGAAACUCAUCCCGGGCAGGCGUCAGGGUGGCUGGAGAGCGCAGCACGCGCGGACAGAACGGGGGCAGGCGACAGGAAAACGUGUGAGCGCGCGGCUGAAAGCGACUGGGACCCGGGUGUGCCGCGCGCGGGGAGCAGAGCUUAGUCCUGCGGGAGCCGCAAGCAGGACAAGGGCGUGGGUGGGAGGACUGGAAGGUCAGCUGGUAGAUGGGGGACACUGAGGGCAGGCAGAGCAACCGGAAGCUUGCUGCAGUCGACGAGAAGAGAAACUAGGAGGUUAAAUAAUCAGUGACUUUGAAAAAGUCAAAAUACCUCCGAGGUAAAACAAAACAUUUAACAACCCGCCUGGGGAAAAAGUGGAGGGUGGCACACACGUCACUAUCUAACCACAACGCGGAGGCCUUUUAAGUAAAUAAUGAUAAAGUUUUUGUUGUUGUUUGAGACAGGGUCUCGCUCUGUCGCCCAGGCUGGAGUGCAGUGGAAUGAUCUCGGCUCACUGCAACCUCCGCCUCCCGGGUUCAAGCGAUUCUCCCACCUCAGCUUCCCGAGGAGCUGGGACCACAGGUGCGCGCCACCACGGCCGGUUAAUUUUAUUUUUUGUAGAAACGAGAUCUUAAUACGUCGCUCAAGCUGGUCUCGAACUGCUGAGCUCAAGCGAUCCGCCAGCCUUGGCCUCCCAAAGCGCUGGGAUUACCGGCGUGAGCCACAGCGCACCUGGCCCAAAUUUAAUUUUGUGAUGUGGGGUUAAGACAUGGGAAAGCCCCUAGGCUCGGGGAGUCAGGCGGGAAAGCUCUCCCCCUGGCAUCUAAAAAAAUGCCCACCAGAAAGGAGGAAAGGUGGGCUUCCAAAUUGCCGACUCUUCACUCCACAGGCUGCAUUUCAGGUGGGCAGCGCAGCCAGGUGAACACUCAAUCCACCGCAAACAUACGGACACUCUUUUCAAUAUCAGAUUACCAUAAAGAUAGAGGAGCACACCCUGCGCAAAAUCCUUCCUGUCCAGUCCCCUUAAAGCCUCUUUCAUUGUCCUCCGCGACGCAGCCUGUAAAACUGCCAAAGGAGGGCAGAAGCCAAAGUCCACGCGCUGCGCAUGCGCACCAUCCGCAGUGUGGGCGAAGGGCGGUGCUGGAAGGACGUUUCCCAGAAGGCCCCUCCAGCGCAGCUGCCCUUCCUCCCGCUCACAGGCCGCGUGACGUGACUCCACCCACCACGCUUCUCGGUCUCAAACAGCAGUUUGCCUGCGCCCCCCUGCGGCCCAACUGGGUACUACGAACAUGCACUCAGGGCCAGAGCGAGCGAGUAGGCAGAAUGCGGCGAGUCCGGCUGCCGCCGUCGUCACCUUAGCGCGCCGACAGUGAGCGGAGCGAGCGAGGGAAGGGAGGAGGAGGGAGACGCGCAGGGAGGGGAGGGGAGGGAGGAGGCUAGACAAGGCGGGGGAAGGGGGAGUAGCGGUGGCGCAAGCCGCGCGGAGCAGCGCAACCUGGGUCGCUCCCUGCUUCGCCGCCGCCUCCGGACCGAGCCAGCGGAGUCAGUGUCUCAGAGACCCUGUAACACCACAAAGCGGACGAAGGAGUCCAUGUUGGGGAACUUCGCAGCGGAGUGACUGGGACCUGGGAACCUGCUGUGGGGCCGCGGCCGGACCGAGCGCCUCGACCUCGGUCUGAGAUACCUUUCUCCACUAAAAGCAACCACUCUUUGGAGGAAUGGUUGAUUCCAGUGCUGGGGCAGGGAAAGUACAAGAAAGAAAACUACAUCUGAAAAAAAAUAAAAGGAAGUAUCAGGCAAACCCAAAUUGGAAGACAUUUUGCAACAGAACUAAUCUAUAAGCUUUAAGGAGUACAAACAAGGUCAUGAAAGUCAAGACUGGGGGACUGUUCCAAGUUGAAGGAGUCUAAAAAGAAGUAAUCCCUUUUUCUUUUUAUUAAGGAAACCCUUUUCCAAAGAGAAAUGAAGAAGAAAACUGUAUGUACCCUAAAUAUGGGAGAUAAGAAGUAUGAAGACAUGGAAGGUGAAGAAAACGGAGAUAAUACUAUUUCCACUGGUCUGUUGUACAGUGAGGCUGACAGAUGCCCAAUAUGUCUUAAUUGUCUAUUAGAAAAGGAAGUUGGUUUUCCAGAAAGCUGUAAUCAUGUCUUCUGUAUGACUUGUAUUCUUAAAUGGGCAGAGACACUGGCUUCAUGUCCUAUUGACCGUAAACCUUUUCAGGCAGUGUUUAAAUUCAGUGCAUUGGAAGGUUAUGUUAAGGUUCAAGUAAAAAAACAGCUGAGAGAAACAAAAGACAAGAAAAAUGAAAACUCAUUUGAGAAACAGGUCUCCUGUCAUGAAAAUUCUAAAAGCUGUAUAAGAAGAAAAGCCAUCGUAAGAGAAGAUCUAUUAAGUGCAAAAGUUUGUGACUUGAAGUGGAUACAUAGAAACUCUUUAUACAGUGAAACAGGAGGAAAGAAAAAUGCAGCAAUAAAGAUAAAUAAGCCUCAGAGAUCAAAUUGGAGUACAAAUCAGUGCUUCAGAAAUUUUUUCUCCAAUAUGUUUUCUUCUGUUAGCCACUCUGGAGAAUCUUCCUUUACCUAUAGAGCUUAUUGUACAGAAUUUAUAGAAGCCAGUGAAAUCAGUGCAUUGAUUAGGCAGAAGAGACAUGAACUGGAAUUGUCAUGGUUUCCUGAUACAUUACCUGGAAUUGGAAGAAUUGGUUUUAUACCCUGGAAUGUUGAAACAGAAGUCCUUCCUCUCAUUUCUUCUGUGUUGCCAAGAACUAUUUUUCCAACAAGUACCAUAUCUUUCGAACAUUUUGGUACUUCUUGCAAGGGAUAUGCAUUAGCACAUACUCAAGAAGGGGAAGAAAAGAAGCAAACUUCUGGUACAUCAAAUACCAGAGGAUCAAGACGAAAACCUGCAAUGACAACUCCUACAAGGAGGUCUACACGUAACACAAGAGCUGAAACAGCCAGUCAGUCUCAGAGAUCCCCAAUAUCAGACAAUUCUGGGUGUGAUGCCCCAGGUAACAGUAAUCCAUCUUUAAGUGUUCCCUCUUCAGCUGAGUCAGAAAAGCAAACAAGACAGGCUCCAAAACGGAAGUCUGUAAGAAGAGGAAGAAAACCACCUUUACUGAAAAAGAAACUUCGGAGCUCUGUAGCUGCCCCUGAAAAAUCAUCUUCCAAUGAUUCAGUAGAUGAAGAAACAGCAGAAUCUGACACAUCACCUGUGUUAGAAAAAGAGCACCAACCAGAUGUAGACAGUAGUAACAUUUGUACUGUGCAGACUCAUGUAGAAAACCAGUCUGCUAAUUGCUUGAAAAGUUGCAAUGAGCAAAUAGAAGAAAGUGAGAAGCAUACUGCAAAUUAUGAUACAGAGGAAAGAGUAGAAUCUUCAUCUUCUGAGUCUUGUGCUCAAGAUCUUCCUGUGCUAGUUAGUGAGGAAGGGGAAGUUAAAAAACUCGAGAAUACAGGUAUAGAGGCUAAUGUUUUGUGUUUGGAAAGUAAGAUUUCUGAAAAUAUUCUUGAAAAAGGAGGUGAUCCACUGGAAAAGCAAGACCAGAUAUCUGGACUUUCACAAUCAGAGGUAAAGACAGAUAUAUGUACAGUUCAUCUUCCAAAUGAUUUUCCUACAUGUUUAACAUCUGAAAGCAAAGUGUACCAACCUGUAUCUUGUCCCCUAAGUGAGUUAUCUGAGAAUGUAGAGUCAGUGGUUAAUGAAGAAAAAAUGACAGAGAGUUCCAUAGUAGAAAUUACUGAACAUAAAGAUUUUACACUAAAAACAGAGGAGCUUAUAGAAAGCCCCAAGUUAGAAUCUUCUGAGGGUGAAAUUAUACAGACAGUGGACAGACAAUCUGUUAAGAGCCCAGAGGUUCAAUUGCUUGGGCAUGUUGAAACUGAAGAUGUAGAAAUAAUUGCAACAUGUGAUACUUUUGGGAAUGAAGAUUUCAAUAAUAUUCAAGACUCUGAAAAUAACUUACUAAAAAAUAAUCUUCUGAACACCAAAUUGGAAAAAUCUUUAGAAGAAAAGAAUGAAUCGCUGACCGAACAUCCUAGAUCUACAGAGUUGCCUAAAACACACAUUGAACAGAUUCAGAAGCAUUUUAGUGAGGACAACAAUGAAAUGAUACCUAUGGAGUGUGAUUCAUUUUGCAGUGACCAAAAUGAAUCUGAAGUUGAACCAUCUGUAAAUGCUGAUCUUAAACAAAUGAAUGAAAAUUCUGUGACACACCGUUCUGAAAAUAAUAUGCCGUCUUCUGAUCUUGCAGAUGAAAAGGUUGAAACUGUUUCUCAACCAUCUGAAAGCCCAAAAGAUACCAUAGAUAAAGCCAAAAAGCCUCGUACUCGAAGAUCUAGAUUUCAUUCUCCAUCUACAACUUGGUCGCCCAACAAAGACACUCCACAAGAAAAGAAGCGGCCCCAGUCUCCAUCUCCCAGAAGAGAAACUGGGAAAGAAAGCAGGAAGUCUCAAUCACCAUCUCCUAAGAAUGAGUCAGCCAGAGGCCGGAAAAAAUCCCGUUCUCAGUCCCCAAAAAAGGAUAUUGCAAGAGAAAGGAGGCAAUCUCAGUCUCGGUCUCCAAAAAGGGAUACUACUAGGGAAAGCAGAAGAUCUGAAUCACUGUCCCCAAGCAGAGAAACUUCGAGAGAGAACAAAAGAUCUCAGCCAAGAGUGAAAGAUUCUUCCCCAGGAGAAAAAUCCAGGUCCCAGAGCAGAGAACGAGAAAGUGAUAGAGAUGUGCAGAGGAGAGAGAGAGAAAGGAGAACCAGAAAGUGGUCUAGGUCCAGAUCUCAUUCUAGGUCCCCCUCAAGAUGUAGAACAAAAAGUAAGAGUUCAUCGUUUGGUAGAAUUGACAGAGAUAGUUACUUUCCCCGGUGGAAGGGAAGAUGGGUAAAUGAUGGUUGGAGAUGUCCACGAGGAAAUGAUCGGUUCAGAAAGAAUGACCCAGAGAAACAGAAUGAAAAUACAAGAAAAGAAAAAAAUGACAUCCAUCUAGAUGCUGAUGAUCCAAAUUCUGCUGACAAACAUAGAAAUGACUGUCCCAAUUGGAUAACAGAAAAAAUAAACUCUGGGCCUGAUCCAAGAACCAGAAAUCCAGAAAAGUUGAAAGAGUCUCAUUGGGAAGAAAAUAGAAAUGAAAAUUCAGGAAAUUCUUGGAAUAAAAACUUUGGUUCUGGUUGGGUAUCUAACCGUGGUAGAGGCAGAGGCAACCGUGGCAGAGGCACUUACAGAAGUAGUUUUGCCUAUAAAGAUCAGAAUGAAAAUCGGUGGCAAAAUCGAAAACCCCUCUCAGGGAAUUCAAACAGUUCAGGGAGUGAAUCUUUCAAGUUUGUGGAACAGCAAUCCUAUAAGCGAAAAAGUGAACAGGAGUUCUCAUUUGAUACACCAGCAGAUAGAUCUGGAUGGACAUCUGCAUCCAGCUGGGCCGUGAGAAAGACUUUGCCAGCAGAUGUACAAAACUACUACUCACGACGAGGCAGAAAUUCUUCAGGUCCACAGUCUGGAUGGAUGAAACAAGAGGAGGAAACAUCUGGACAGGAUUCUAGCCUAAAAGACCAAACAAACCAGCAAGUUGAUGGUUCUCAGCUACCUAUAAAUAUGAUGCAACCGCAAAUGAAUGUAAUGCAGCAACAAAUGAAUGCACAACACCAGCCUAUGAAUAUCUUCCCAUAUCCAGUGGGUGUUCAUGCUCCUUUGAUGAACAUCCAACGCAAUCCAUUUAACAUUCAUCCUCAGCUACCCUUGCAUCUCCACACAGGAGUGCCCCUCAUGCAGGUAGCCACUCCUACCAGUGUAUCUCAGGGACUACCACCACCACCACCCCCUCCCCCACCAUCCCAGCAAGUCAACUACAUUGCUUCACAACCAGAUGGAAAGCAAUUGCAGGGUAUUCCUAGUUCUUCUCAUGUAAGUAAUAACAUGAGUACACCAGUUUUGCCUGCUCCGACAGCAGCCCCAGGAAAUACGGGAAUGGUUCAGGGACCAAGUUCUGGUAAUACUUCGUCAUCAAGUCACAGCAAAGCCUCUAAUGCUGCUGUAAAAUUGGCAGAAAGCAAAGUAAGUGUUGCAGUGGAAGCCAGCGCAGAUAGCUCGAAGACAGACAAGAAAUUGCAAAUUCAAGAAAAAGCAGCACAAGAGGUAAAAUUGGCCAUCAAGCCAUUUUACCAAAAUAAAGAUAUCACCAAGGAAGAAUAUAAAGAAAUUGUACGGAAAGCAGUAGAUAAAGUUUGUCAUAGUAAGAGUGGAGAAGUAAAUUCUACUAAAGUGGCAAAUCUGGUUAAAGCCUAUGUAGACAAAUACAAAUAUUCACGGAAGGGGAGCCAAAAGAAAACUCUGGAAGAACCUGUGUCUACUGAAAAAAACAUAGGCUGAAAUGGGGAACGCUGUCAAGGACAUUAUCAGGAUAUCUGCAAAGUGCAAUUUCAACAUGUACCAUUAACUGAAAAUCAUACAUAACUGUGAUUGAAAUUUGGUUUUGAUAAAAUUAUUUUUUUAACAUAGGAUAUAAUGUUUUGUUCUAAAUAAAUAUAGGUCUGCACUGCAACUUCUGUAUCCUUCCUUCCCCUCCACCCUCCCCCACAAAAUUCAAGGGAAAGUAAAGGGUUUAAAGGAAUGUGCAUCUUUACUAGGACUGUGUUAUAGUGUGGAUACUGGAAAAUGUAUAGCUUUUUGAUUAGGGCAAUGGAAUGCAUAAAUUAGAAACUUCUAAGUGCACUGGUUUUCAAAGAGAUAUAUAUAAUGCAUUUAUUCUGUCAGGUUAAAAUAUAAAGUAUGAUCUUUAUGGUUUUUUCCCUCUAAUUAUAGAAAGUUAAAUAAUGUAUUACCAUGAAAAAUGUUUCUAAUAUUAAAUAGAACAUAUCAGUUGCAAAGUUCCUAAUGUGUAUUUUUAAAGCACAUAUCUGAAUAAAUUGCCUAGAUAGAAAAAAAAUUAUCACAUGAGUAAAAUUUAGUGUUCAAAACAUUGAGACACUCUUCACCUAUUGUAUGACCAAAUAAAGGUUAUGCUGCUUGUUUUUCUUUUGUGCCUUUGUUUACCCCUAAUUGAGAUAAGCAGUUUGACUUACUAGAUUACAACUUUGGCAGUUCAAAGUCUUUGUUGAAGACUUUGAGGAAAAAGAUUUGGAAAAAUUGUUGACUUUCGGCCGGGCAUGAUGGCUCACGCCUGUAAUCCCAGCACUUUGGGAGGCCGAGGUGGCGGAUCACCUGAGGUCAGGAGUUCGAGACCAGCCUGGCCAACAUGGUGAAAUCCUGUCUCUACUAAAAAUACAAAAAUUAAUCAGGCGUGGUGGUGGGCGCCUGUAAUCCCAGCUAUGCGGGAGGCAGAGUCAGGAGAAUCAGUUGAACCCGGGAGGCGGGGGUUGCAGUGAGCCGAGACCAUGCCAUUGCACUCCAGCCUGGGCAACAGGAGCAAAUCUCCGUCUCAAAAAAAAAGAAAAAAAAAGUGUUGACUUUGUAGAAAUUAUGUUCUUUCAUAGUAUCUUCUUCUACCCGUUGCAGACGAUAAAUUAUUUGUGCCAAUUCGAGAAUUGCUGUUAGGCUGUUAUCCUCCCUUCCUUGGGGCUAAGAAUUAUAAGACUCAUGGCACUGGCGUAAAGUUGUUGUUUAUCUAAUCACUGAUGAAAUUAUUUUCACACUUGAAAAUCCCCAAAUGCUUUACAAUGAAUGAAGUGUUAAUUUGGUGACCAGGUGGUAGCCAUUAGCCAUGUUGCAAAAUUCUAGACAGUAAAACCUGUGUUUUAGAAACGGAGGGGAAAUUUAAAUAAUGGAGUCCUGGUUAGCCUUUCAGGGAUUAGGGAUUUGGGUGUUUUUUUUUUCUCUCUUUUUAAUACUAGAAUAUCUCAGUUUUUAUAAAAGGUAAGUUUAAAAUGUUUAUUGUGCCAUUAUUUUAACUGGCAUCUUGAAAGAACAGUGGGUUUUCUCCAUGAUAAACUGAUUCCAGUAAGAAUUUUCAGUACAUACCAAGUACCUGGAAAGUUCUUUAGAUAAGUUAAUAGAUCCAAGGAGAUACAUGCCUCAGUGAGAUAAACUGACCUUUUUACUAGCUAAACUAUUUAGCCAGAGCAAUACUCUGUAGAACUGUGCUUUUCUAAAGUAAAGAUUAUCUGUUUCUCAAUUUUAUGUGCAUAAUACUUUUCCUGGUGCUAGCUUUGAUAGGCAAAAUAUUUUGAAAUGUUGGCCCCAUAAUGAUUGUGCUAGUUCAUAAGCUUUGUUGUUAUGAGUGUAAUCAUAAAAAUAUUUCCAAGCAGUUUUUGACCUUUAUUCUACAUUUCUGGGCAUUUGUAAUAUGGUAUUCUACUGGUAUAUAUUUUUAAAGUUUGCGUUUAGAUUAUGGUAAAGAAAUUUCAAGCAUAUUUCUUCUAAUAAAGUAUUAAGACAGUGUUUCAGAAUAUCAAGGCACACCUCCUUAGUUGUUUUAGAUUAGAACUCUAGAAACAAUUUUGUGAACGUUCAAAGUAUUUUGAGUUAAGCCUAAGCUGAUUAAUCACACAAUACGUACUUUUCCUGCAUUUUCUUUCAGUGACAUUUGAGAAUUGGGUGGCAUUUUAAAAUGUGUUUUAUACCAUUUAGCUUUUGCAAACAAGUUCUAAAGUUUUGGAGAAAAAGUGAUGUCAAGAGUUGAAGUCUCAUAUAUCUUUAGUAGCACUCCCAUGAAUUAUUUCCGUGACAGUAACAAGUGUGUGUUCCAUAUCUGAUUUGGGGCACUGGUUAGACUGCAUUAAUAGCUACUUGAUUAGAAUUCAAACUUUUAAAAUUUUGAAAUGUUUCAGAAUGUAUUAGAAAAUGCAUGCUUUAUGUUGAAAAAAUACAUUGCUUUAAUAUUCCUCAUUCUUGAGUUCUUUAAGAAAUUUAUGUUAAUUUUGCAUGGGCACAAACUUAAUCAGAAACAUUUUGUGGAGUUACAUUUCCUCUUAUUAUUUAUCAAGGUUCAGUAUUGAUCUUUGAAACCUUGGUCCCUUUAACUUACUAGUCACAUUGACCAAUGUUUUAUAGAAAUGCCUAGAAUUUUGAGACUAAUAGUAGUUAUCCAUUAACAUUCCAAAAGUUUUGUGCUUUUUAAAAUUUGUUUUGGUAAUUAUCACAUUUUUUUCUCUUACCUUCCUUUAAAUGGCCACAGUGUGUACUGCUGGAAUGUUCCAUCCAAAAGAUGUAGCUUCAGAAGCACAGUGAUUGCCCCAGGGUCCAUGAGAUAUUGUUUGUAUUAUGAAGUUGGAGUGCUGUCUACUGAAAUUAUACUCUUAAAUAAAUAUGUAUGUAGUGUGUAAUAUUUUCUAAUAAAUUCUUUUGAUAAACUAA